UCCAUCAGCCAAACAUCCUCCCAACCACUGCUCUUUCCUUUUCCCUUUGUUUUACCUUCCAAAACUAUAAAGAAAGAAAACAAAACAGGAAGCAAGCACCUCAGAUUUUGCUCCCAAAACAUAUUCCGUAGAAUCUUCUUCAUCCUUCUCCUUCCCCCACCCGGCCACACCUCCAAUUGCUCUCCUCCCAUUUCCCCUCUCUCUUACUCUCAAUUUCCCCAUCCCUGUGCUCAGUUGCUUCCUUGGAUACCCACACCACAAACAAAGAAUCCAACUUGCUUCUUCUACAGCAGUCUUUUGGACUCUGAAUAAAUAAACAAAGAUCACUUUUUUUUUCCAAUCCUCAACCUCUUCCACUUGGCCAUAGGGAAGUGAAACCCAGAAAGAGAAACGGCAUAAAAGGGAGGGGCCGGAAUCAUGUGUGUUCAGGAUGCAGAGAGCGUUGCCCAGGAAGUGGAAGUUGAGGAGGAAGAGAAGAGGAUGCUGAAGAACGGCGGUGGCGGCGGCGGAGGAGGAAGCAGCGGCGGCAGUAACAACAAGAAGCAGGCUGGGCCGUGCAAGCAUACCCAGAUGGAGAAUUGGGAGAAAGACUCCUCCUUUAUGGCCUCCGGCGUCGGUGGCAACUCCUGCCCUCUGGAGAGCAUUUGCGAGGAUAGAGUCUCAGCAGAAAGGAAGAUGACCAAUUUUGUCCCUGCCCUCAGGUCAGGGGAGUGGUCUGAUAUUGGUGGCCGCCCUGAAAUGGAGGACACUUAUGUUUGCAUUAGUGACUUGGCUAAGAAGUUUGGCUGUGAUGAUCUGCUGACUCAGGAGGCCAUUUCUCUCUACGGUGUAUUCGAUGGCCAUGGGGGGAAAAGUGCAGCACAAUUUGUCCGAGACCACUUGCCGAGGAUCAUUGUUGAAGAUGCUGACUUUCCUCUUGAGCUCGAGAAAGUGAUUACACGAUCAUUUGUGGAAGCAGAUGCUGCUUUUGCAGAAUCAUGCUCUUCUGGCUCCACAAUCUCUUCCGGCACAACUGCACUAACUGCAAUGAUAUUUGGGAGGUCAAUGCUCAUAGCAAAUGCAGGUGACUGCAGGGCAGUCUUAUCAAGAAGUGGAGUGGCGAUCGAGCUGUCCAUGGAUCAUAGGCCAUGCAGCAUUAUCGAGAGACUCCGAGUCGAGUCAUUGGGAGGAUAUGUCGAUGAUGGUUAUCUCAACGGUCUUUUGGGUGUUACACGUGCACUGGGAGACUGGCACCUCGAAGGAAUGAAGGACACAGGUGAAAAGGAAGGUGGUGGUGGCCCACUGAUUGCUGAACCAGAGCUCAAGCUAAUCACACUGACACACGAGGACGAGUUUCUGAUCAUAGGUUGUGAUGGAAUCUGGGAUGUGUUUUCCAGCCAGAAUGCGGUGCACUUUGCCAGGAGGAGGCUUCAGCAGCACAAUGAUGUGAAGCAGUGCUGCAAAGAAAUGGUGGAGGAAGCUAUCAAACGAGGAGCGACCGACAACUUGACGGUUGUCAUUGUGAGCUUUCACUCAGAGCCGCCUCCAUCGACUGUAGUUCCGAGGGGGAGAGUGAGGAGGAGCAUCUCUGCUGAGGGACUGCAGAACCUGAGAUGUCUGCUACAAGGAUAAUGCUGAGAAUUAUUGUCUUCUUUUUCGGUUUUCUUCGCCCAUGCUUUUAGGAGGGUAAGAAGCUAAUCAAUAAUGGUGCAUACAUCCUUUUCUUUUCUUUUUUGUAUAUACAUUCAUACUGGGGAACAAUAGAUUUCCCCUUGCCCUCAUUCAGUGUCGAGGAACUGUAAUAUCAAAUUCUGGACAUAAUGUCUUGAGAUGUACAUACAUAUAUAAUUCAUCCUCUAUGAACCACUCAUUUUGAUCUUGAUAUGAGAUACAAUCAGAUCAUCCUAAAUGUGAUCACAUUGUGAGCUUAUGUCUUUAACAGUGAUUACUAAAGUGGAAUGAACAACUCCAAACUUCCAACCAGCCCUUUCAGCCAACUAUUUGGUUGUAAAUUAUCGUUCUUACCACAGCGAGUUCAACACUUGUGGCGAAAAUCAACAAUGCAGUUCGCCAUCCACUACCGCUUGGCUACUUCUUUGCUAGCUAUCAUACGGUGAUCACGAAAGUGGGGGUUAGUGACUCCGAACUUCCAACCCGCCCUUUCAGCCAGCUAUGAGAC